AACCGGUCGUCUUUAUGCUCUUAUUUUCGCUCACAUUGUCCAAUACCAUCCUGAGGAACCAGAUCAUCUACCAGACCUGCACGGUGAUCUUUCGCUACAAUGUCAGCGACUGCAAAUUGCUGGAUGAUAAAAAAUGCCAGCGCCGAGAUAAAGGCAAUUGAAACGGAACUGCAGCCAUAUGUGGCAAAUCUAUUUCUAUCGCGCACGCUGCUGGAGAGCAUUGUUCCCGCUUUUUGUGGCCUCUUUAUUGGUUCCUGGUCAGAUCAUUAUGGACGCAAGCCGCUGCUCACAGUAUCGAUGAUAGGUUUUGCCCUCUCGUUUCUGGUCACUUCUGCCAUUUGCGAGCUGUCCAGCUAUUACGUGAUCAAUCCCUGGUGGUAUAUUGCGGCCGCGGUGCCGCAUUCUCUGCUCGGCGGCAAUUGUGUAUUCUCCGUGGCGGUAUGCUUCAUCUCGGACAUCACGGAUACCAAGACGCGGCCUUAUCGCAUGAUCUUCAUGGAGUCGCUGUUCUUCAUUGGGCUCACAAGCGGCUCGCUGUUGUCCAGUUUCGUUUAUGCGGCAACCAAUGCGGCCACGACCAUUGGCAUCUCGGGUUGCAUAACCACAUUGGGCACAUUCUUUGUCAUAUUCUUUGUGCCGGAGAGCCUGCACAUACGGCAUGCGCAGGAGGCCGAAGAGGGCUGCCGCAACGCGGCCAGCGGCGAGAAGGAGAUGCCCAUUACGGCGUCUGAUCUGCAGCCGGAAUGCAUGUCCAUCGACUGUCCGCCCAUCUUGAUGAAUCCCGAUUUCGAAGCGGAACAGAAGAAACAUAUACAUCAGCUGCCCACACCGGCUACGCCCAACAUGACAUUCGAUGAGGAUCUGUUGGCGAAAUAUGUGGAACAGCUGCCCAAGGUGAAGGCCAGAGCACAAGCCCAGUCCAAGCAGCAGCCGGAUGCCAAAAGGGCUGGCCUCUUCAGCUUUUCACACAUCCGAGAGAUGGUUAACACCUCCAAGCCGCGCGAGAAUCAUGCGCGCGCAAUUAUUUGGCUAGUCACAUUGGCCAUGUGCCUGUCCAUCUUUGUCUUUGACGGCGUCAUGACGGUUAUGUAUUUGUUUGUGCGCGAAAAGUUCCAUUGGUCCGUGCGAGAUUACACAUUCUACGAGACGGUUAGCCACCUGGUGCCCAUGGUGGGUGCACUGAUCGGAUUUCUGAUACUGCGCAAGAUUUUUCGCCUGUCGGUGGUCACACUGGCGAUGCUCGCGUUCGCCUCGGAAAUACUCAAGAAUAUGGCCAGGGGCUUUUCGACGCAGCCCUGGCACAUGUAUCUGUCCGUCGUCUUGGGCGUCUUUCGGUCCAUUGGCGGGCCCAUGUGCCGCACCAUUGUCUCAAAUAUAGUACCUGCCUCAGAUUUGGGAAAAAUUUUCUCAAUUAAAAAUGUUUUGCAAUCGUUUGCACCUUUCGUGGCCGCACCGCUCUACACGUUCAUCUACAAGUGCUCGCUGGGUUAUUAUCCGGGUCUCUUCAACUUUGUGAGCGCGGGCCUGUAUCUCAUGUCGUUCAUAUUUAUCGGCUGUGUGCUACGCAUUAAGUUUAUGCAUCAAGAGUACUACGCCAAGGUGCUAAAAUAAGACAAACAACCGUUCCGAUCUGAUCCGCUUAUGUAGUACGUCCCAUUAGCCUAAUAUUUAUGACUAAUUGUAUUUAAUCGUGUGUGAUGUGGUUGCCCAAAGCGCCGUUUCUCUAAUAAGAAAUAAACUUAACGAGUAGUUUGAAAUUUAAAAAACAAA